AUGGACUGCGCGCUGGACCUGAUGCGCCGGCUGCCGCCGCAGAACGUCGAGGAGAACCUGGUGACGCUGAUGGAGGUGCUGCCAGAGCUGACCGAGGAGCUGCUCUCGUCGGUGGACCAGCCGCUGCGGAUCCGGCAGGACACGGCGGCAGGCAAGGAGUACCUUGUGUGCGACUAUAACCGCGACGGGGACUCGUACCGGUCGCCGUGGAGCAACACGUACGACCCGCCGCUGGAGGACGGCAGCACGCCCUCGGAGCGCCUGCGGCGCCUGGAGGUGGCGGCCAACGACGCGUUUGCCACGUACAGGGAGCUGUACUACGAGGGCGGGGUGUCGUCGGUGUACCUGUGGGACAUGGACGACUCGUUUGCGGGGGUGGUGCUGAUCAAGAAGGUGAACGACGGGACCGUGCGUGCCAAGGGCUCGUGGGACUCGAUCCACGUGAUCGAGGUCCUGGAGAAGGGGCGCCAGGCGCAGUACAAGCUGACGAGCACGGUGAUGCUGUACACUGUCGCGAGCGGGACGCGCGGCGACCGGCAGAACGAGAUCAACCUGUCGGGGUCGCUGACGCGGCAGGACGAGCGCGAGCUGGCGGUGGAGGAUCAGAGCGCACACAUCGUCAACAUCGGGCGGAUGGUGGAGGACAUGGAGUUCAAGAUGCGCAAUGCGCUGCAGGAGGUGUAUUUCGGCAAGACGCAUGACAUUGUCAACGGGCUGCGGUCGGCAGCAGAUCUGAGCGAGGCCAGGAGCCGCGAGCGCAUGCAGCGCGACCUGUUUGGCCAGCUCAAGUCCAGGAAGGAGCAGGGGCAGUAG